UCCCGCUCCUCAGUCGACACGAGAGUCCGAACUUCGCACACCAAGAAAAGAAAGUAAAGUGCGGCAGAUAAAAAGUGCCAUCUAGUAAGGGCCAGGGCUGUCCCCGUGAGCAGAGUAAGAGUUUGACACAAAAGCAUGGCCUCCACCACAGAGGACAACUUGCAUCCAAGACUGGUGACCAUUAAACAGGAGGAAUGGGAGUGGGGCCCACUGGGUGAUCUGCACGUGAAGUGGGAGGGCUGUGAAGGAAGGGUUUCAGAUUUUAUAAAGGAGGAGCCCAUGGGGGAGGCUGCCGAGGUGAAAGCUGAGCAUUCGGAGGCCUGGGCAGAUUAUCUCGACCUGCAAAGACACAAACUUGAGAAUGUCUUCAAGCGGGAACCUUGUGAAAAGGCUCAUUGGAGUUUGCAGCCCUGGGCCGCCGAUAUGGGGCAACCAGCAAUGUGGCAGAACUCUGUGGAAGUGAAAUCCGAGAUAUCUGGGGAGAAAAUCGCUGGGGGAGACUGGAAGGAAGGAGAAGAGCAGAAGUCGGAGGGGAGCUUUGGAAUAAAUGUACAGGAUAAUGGCAGCUCCUCCCCAUCUUCAUUUGCUCAUCCUUCUCAGUACAGACAGGGCAACGAGAAGAUGAGGAAUUCAACAAGAGGAUCGGAGAAUUUGGCAGUGGCCUCUUUGCAAUACGGCUCUUGUUCAGCUGGUAAACAAACCCAGAUGGAUCCCAUCAACGGGGACCAACAACAAACGUGUAACACCAAUGAAGAGGUUUUGUCUAAUAGCAAACGGUGCAUAAAAACCUUCAAAAACAAAUCUGACAGUGAAGAUCUUAAGCUGAUUCAUAGGAAAAAGAAGCUGUUUUCCUGCUCUGAAUGUGACAAAGUGUUUUCAAGACACUCCAAUCUCAAAAAUCACAAGCGAAUUCACACGGGAGAGAAACCCUACGGCUGUCAAGCAUGUGGCAAACGAUUCGCGAGAAUAACCAGUCUCCGGAGCCAUAUGAGAAUCCACACUGGAGAAAAACCUUACCCCUGUUCUAUAUGUGGCAAACGAUUCUCGCAUUUGAGCAACCUCCAGAUCCACGCAAGAAUCCACUCUGGAGAAAAGCCUUUUUGCUGUUCGGAAUGUGGAAAACGAUUCUCACAGAAGUGUACACUUGACAGACAUGUAAGAGCUCAUAACGGAGAGAAACCACAUUGCUGUACUGAGUGCGGGAAGAGAUUCUCAGCAAUGGGCACUCUUCAGCAGCACAAGCAAACUCAUACUGGAGAGAAGCCAUAUUGCUGUUCUGAGUGUGGGAAGAGAUUUUUAAAGAGAAGCAACUUUAAAACCCACUUGAAAAUUCACACUGGAGAUAAGCCUUGUUGCUGUUCUGAGUGUGGCAAACGCUUUUUCUAUAAUAGUCAUCUUCAGGAACAUAUGAAAACUCACACCAGAGAAAAACCUCAUUGCUGUUCUGUUUGUGGGAGAGGAUUCUCAAGAUUAAGCCGUCUUAAACUCCACUUGUGCAUUCAUACUGGAGAGAAACCUUACAGUUGUACCCAAUGCAGCAGGUGGUUCUUAAAAGCAAGUCAACUUGAGAAACACAUCCAAAGUCACACCUGCGAGAAGCCUCACUGUUGUUUGGAAUGUGGCAAACGGUUUUCACGGAAGAGUGCUCUUCACAGCCAUUUCAGCAUUCACACUGGAGAGAAGCCUCAUUGUUGUUCUGAAUGUGGGAAGAGAUUCUCAGACAUAUACCGCCUUCGACGGCACCUCAAAAUCCACACUCACGAGAAGCCAUAUUGUUGUCCUGAAUGUGGUAAACAAUUUCCAAAUGGCCGUAGCCUUCGCAGUCAUAAAAUAAUUCAUGUCAGUAAGACUCAUAGCUGUUCUGAAUGUGGCAAAAGAUUCUCCAGUAACCGCCUUCUUCAGAAGCACAAUGGAAUCCACACUGCAGAAAGUUCAGGCAGUGCAAUCCAAAACCUGCCAAGUGUGAAGUAAGAGCAGAACAACUGUGCGAGUGUGUAGGCCUAAGUUUAAUAUCCAUCCACCCAUCCAUUAUCCAACCCGCUAUAUCCUAACUACAUGGUCACGGGGGUCUGCUGGAG